CUGGAUUGGUUGGAACGUGAACAAAGAUGAUGGAUGAAUUUGUUGAUGGCCUGGUUAGUCUCCGAUGCGUAGCCCUUCUCCUUUUCUUAUCAAAACCUAACCCAACGACGGUGCAGACAGCCGAUGCUAAGCUUGGGAGGAUUCAUGAGGCCUGGAUUUGCUACUAUGAGUAUGUAAAUCGAUACCACGGUAGUAUAUCCAACAGACUAAUAUAUCGCAACAGAAGCUUCAGACCCCCUGGGAAUGAAGGGAAAGAAAGUGUCGCAAAACAAAACAUAUGGGGGCUAUAGCGACUGCACG